AUGGCGAUUGAAAUUGAAUUGGACCAAAACCCCGCCGUUGAGCUCUCCCAAAUUGGCAUGUCGGAGACCCACGGCGAAGACUCGCCGUACUUCGCCGGCUGGAAAGCCUACGAUGAAAAUCCUUAUAACGAAACAACCAACCCUUCCGGCGUCAUUCAAAUGGGCUUAGCUGAGAAUCAAGUGUCUUUUGAUUUGGUGGAAGAGUAUUUAGAGCAAAACUCUGAUGUUCUUCAAGCCAAUUCUUCUGGGUUUAGAGAGGACGCUUUGUUUCAAGAUUAUCAUGGGCUGCUCUCUUUUAGAACAGCAAUGGCUGGUUUCAUGGAGCAAAUUAGAGGCGGACGAGCUAGAUUUGAUCCAAAUAGAGUUGUUUUAACUGCUGGAGCUACCGCAGCUAAUGAGCUGCUGACAUUCAUUCUCGCGAAUCCCGGCGACGCGUUGCUUGUCCCAACGCCUUACUAUCCUGGAUUUGAUCGAGAUUUGAGAUGGAGAACCGGAGUGAAAAUUGUACCGAUUCAUUGCGAUAGUUCGAAUAAUUUUCAAAUAACUCCCAAAUCUUUGGAAGCUGCUUAUAAUAAUGCAAUAGCCAUGAAGAUGAAAGUUAGAGGAGUUUUGAUCACAAAUCCAUCAAAUCCACUUGGUGCCACAAUCCAACGGUCCACAAUUGAGGAGAUUUUGGAUUUCGUUACACGCAAAAACAUCCACCUCGUCUCCGACGAAAUCUACUCCGGUUCCGUUUUCUCCUCGGCCGAGUUUAUCAGCGUCGCCGAGGUUUUGGCAUCCCGCGGCUAUAAAAACGCCGAGCGUGUCCACAUCGUGUAUAGCCUAUCCAAAGACCUCGGCCUUCCCGGGUUUAGAGUCGGCACGAUUUAUUCAUACAAUGAUAAAGUCGUGACGACAGCUCGCCGGAUGUCUAGCUUCACUCUAAUAUCUUCACAAACACAGCGGUUUUUAGCGUCCAUGUUGUCGAACCGGAAAUUCACGGAAAAAUACAUUAAAAUGAACCGGGACCGGCUCAAGAAACGAUAUGAGAUGAUAAUUGAAGGACUCCGAACCGCUGGAAUUGAGUGCUUAAAAGGGAACGCCGGUUUAUUUUGCUGGAUGAACUUGAGCCCGUUGUUGAAAGACAAAAAAACCAAUACGGACGGUGAAAUUGAGCUUUGGAAGCGUAUUUUAAAAGAAGUGAAACUGAAUAUCUCGCCCGGUUCGUCAUGUCAUUGCUCUGAACCGGGUUGGUUCAGGGUUUGCUUUGCUAACAUGAGCGAACACACUCUGCAUGUUGCUCUUGACAGAAUACAUUGCUUCGUGGAGAAGCUGAAGAAGGAAGACGAAGCUAAUUAA